AUGUCAGGGGUGCUGUGCUUCUGGAGCAAGCAUCUGUUCCAUCCUUCCACAGCGCAGUCAGCAUCUGGAACCUGUCCUCAAAAGCAAAGAUACUCCCUCAAACUUGAUGUCAAAGAUGGCAGGAUCUACAAUGAACAGAAUUUCUUCCAGCGAGCUGCGAAGGCAGGCACAGUGGAGAAGUGGAAGAAGUGGCACUUUGUGCCAUUGCUGGGAAUCCCCAAUUGCGUUGGCUUUGGACUGCAUGCAGAUAGCUACAGGUUUUUGGUGUUCUCUGACUUAGGGCGAACUCUUCAGUCCGUCCUGAAUGAUGGCUUACACCUACUGAGGGAGAAAGCAGCUUUUCAGAUUGUAGUCCGGCUGCUAGACUGCCUGGAGUACAUUCAUGAAAAUGAGUACGUUCAUGGGAACAUCACAGCUGAGAACAUCUAUUUGAACCCAGCAGACCUCACACAGGUGACCCUAGCAGGCUAUUGCUAUGCGUUCCGUUACUGCCCAGGAGGGAAGCACGUGGCUUGGCGCGAAGGCAGCAGGACCCCUCAUGAAGGCACGAUAGAGUUUAUCAGUCUGGACAGCCACAAGGGAGCAGGACCAUCUCGCCGGAGUGACUUGGAAUCUCUGGGCUACUGUCUUCUGAAAUGGCUCUCUGGCUUCUUGCCUUGGUCUGAGGAGCUGGACAAAGUAGAAACUGUGGUGGAGAAGAAGGAAAAGUACAAAGGGGAUGUGAAAUGCCUUCUCCGACUGUGCUUCAGGCAGAAGAGACCCAUUCCAGAUGCCCUGCAGAGCUACCUGCAGCAAGUAAUGGCACUAGAGUAUGAGGAGAAGCCUGACUAUGAGGCCCUGCGGCAGCUCUUCAAGAAGCCACUGGAAAAGAUGAAAGCUUCAGCUUAUGACUCUCUGGAUAUCAAAAUGGUGCCCUAAAACAAGAAAACUUGCACAGGAAGAGUUCAAAGCUUUCUGCAGUGUGAGGCCUUUCCUGCUGAUAUUUAACUUUUAUGUACCUGUUUUAGAACUGAGAGUUUUUUUAACAAGUGUUUUCUUCCAAUUUUAAUGUGACCCAAUGCUGAAUUUUGAGCUGCUGCUGCAACAAGUUAAUGAUGUGAAGACAUUCCUGCAUGGCAAGUCAUUGUAAGCAGUAGCUGGAGAACUGCAAUGUAGCCACCAGGAGAAGGGUGAAGCCUGGCACAGAAGUAAAUCAGGGACUUGUUUUUUUAACUACAGUGGCAGUACCUAGUUU